CAUCAGCUCUGUGUUCAUGGCUGCUUGGGGUUAUUUGUGAAUUUGUUAUCAAAGACACCUGUUUAGUUCUCAUACAGCUCUUCUGUGACCUAUUUGCCGUGUAUAUAAAGACGGGUGCCGCGUGAGACGUGUCAGACUGCAUCUCGCCGUCUAAGCAGGUGAUAAUUCAUGAUGAGAAGAGCCACAGUUGUUCUGGCGCUGCUGCUCUGUCUGCAGUGGACGUGGGCUCAGACAGAUAGAGAGAACAAGAACUCAGAGGUUCAGUUUGAGAGUCGGGGCGCCAAAGCAGCCCCUGAUCAGAGCCGGACCAACGUCACCCCUGACAUCUGGGCCGAGCUGAAGGAGCUGAGACACAAGAUAGAGAAGCUGGAGCAAGAAAAUGCAGCUUUAGAGGCCAAGAUGAGCUCCAGUGUAAAUGAUGUGGAGGAGAUGAAGAGAGUGACUGCAGACCCUACGAAGGUGGCGUUCACAGCCAGUCUAGCUGUAGAUGUUGGACCUGGUACUGAUGCCACACUUAGAUUCCUUAGAGUCCUCACUAAUAUCGGCCAAGCCUACAACCCAGAUACAGGUAUCUUCACAGCCCCGGUCACUGGAGCCUACUACUUCAGAUUCACCUUAUGGAACCGUCGUACAAAUACAGAAGUUGGUGCUUCUCUCCAUCACAAUUACAAGAGGAUGAUGAACAAUUCAGAUUACAAUGAUCAUAUUGCCUAUGUGUCUCUGUCUAAUGGAAUAGUUCUUCAUCUGGAGCAAGGGGACGAGGUCUUCAUGACGAUAGAUUCGUACUACAGUAUUUCGGAUACUGGAGAUAAUCGUACCACCUUUAGUGGUUUUCUACUUUUCCCCCUAUGAGUGCAACCACAGUUAUCCGUAAAAUGUUUUAAACAUUAAUCUGUUAAAAAUAUAAAUGCAUUUCAAAAAACAA